AUGGAAAGUGCAGGCGGGGCCGCCUCCCCUGGCUUCCUGAUUGCGAGCCCUCGAAGGUUCCUUACGUCCAAGAGAUCCUCUUUGCACCCUGCCAACUCCUCCUUUGAAGAAAUGGCUUCUCUUCGGAAGGAAGCUUGUCAGGUUGAUUCUAAAGAUAGUUCUUGUCACUCUAUGAACUCUGAAUUUGCAACUGAAGCUGAGGGUCAGAGUGAUGCUAUGGAGGAACCUAACAAGUUCCAGAAAAGGAAGAAGGACAGGCUUCGAGACCAGGGCUCAACAGUGAUCUACCUAAAGGCCAUCCAGGGCAUCCUGGGGAAGUCAGUGCCCAAGAGGAAGGGAGAGGCUGCCACCACUCAGGUGAAGACAAGCUUGGGAGAGUAUCCAAGCAGGGAAGGACCAAGAAGGAAUGUGGAAGGACCAUCCAGAAGCAGGGAAGGACCCUUGGCCAGGAGUGGGGAAGGACUGGCCAUAAGCAAUGAAGGACCUGCCAAGGGCAUUGAAGGACCUGCCAGAAGCAAUGAAGGACCUGUCAGAAGUAUUGAAGGACCAGCCAGGAGUAUUGAAGGACUGGCCAGAAGUGUGGAAGGACCAGCCAGGAGUAUUGAAAGACUGGCCAGGAGUGUGGAAGGACCAGCCAGGAGCCGGGAAGAACUGGUUAAGAGUGUUGAAGGACCAGGUGAAAAGGUUACAGUCACUGUACCUCAGAAGGAAGAGUCACCUACAAAGGUCAGGGGGAAGAAGAAGGAAGAGUCUAUGCUAGACCGGAGUAGCUUCUGUAACAGAAGAGUGAUUAUAGACUCUGUGAAGAAGUCUAGUGAGGAGCUGCUUGGUGACCAAAUGACAGUCAUUGACAAACCCUCUCCAGUCCUAGAAUUUUUUGAUAACUCUGACUCUCAUGCAGAUAUUCAAAAGCACACAGACAGAGAGGUGGUGAUUGAGCAUCCCUCUUCAGGGAAUGACUGGUCACAUGUGGAUGAACUGGACACCGUGAGGUUCUCCCAAGAGGAGCCUGUCUUGCUGAAACACUCAGCAGUUCCAGAAUCUUCUUCCUUCCCCACUGACUAUGUUAUGUACCCUCCUCAUCUGUAUAGUAGUCCAUGGUGUGACUAUGCCAGCUACUGGACUAGCAGCCAUAAGACUCCUGGUUAUCCAUUGGUGGGAUCCAGCAGCCAUGACUCAGCACAGACUGGGAAGAGCAGCCAGGACCUUUUGAGUGUUCAUUCCUCUAAGUCCACAGUGAAUACCCAGAGUAUCUCCAAAGACCUGGACAUUGCCCAGGAAAGCAGGUCCCAGAAUUCCCAUUCACUUCAAUUCUCCAGAAGCACAGAGGAGGAGGUAAAGGGGAAAAGGACAUUCCAAGAGGAGACACCACCUCGCCACACCAGAGAACAUACAUACAGCUCCUUGCCAAGGAGCCACAGGGAGAUGAGCUGGGCAGUAUGCUGUGAUUUUGCUUUCUCUCAGGUUUUUGAGAGGCAGCUGAAGCUGGCUGUGUCUCUGAAGAAGCCCUUGGUCAUCCACUGCCGUGAAGCGGAUGAAGAUCUGUUGGACAUCCUGAAAAAAUUUGUGCCCUCUGACUACAAGAUCCACAGGCACUGCUUCACUGGCAGCUACUCAGCCAUUGAACCUUUGUUGAGGUACUUCCCUAACAUGUCGGUGGGCUUCACAGCAGUACUGACCUACUCCUCCGCCUGGGAGGCCCGGGAUGCCCUUAGACAGAUCCCAUUGGAGAGGAUCGUUGUGGAAACAGACGCACCCUACUUCCUCCCUCGACAGGUGCCGAGGAGUCUUUGCCAGUACACCCAUCCAGGCCUCGCCUUGCAUACAGUUCGAGAGAUUGCCAGGGUCAAAGAGGAGUCACUGUCCCGUACUCUGGCGGUCCUCCGGGAGAACACCAGUCACCUCUAUAGUCUUUGAGCAGGGAGCAGGCAUCUUCUGGCAAAGGAUGA